AUGUUGGCUACGAAAAAAUCAAAUAUAGAGGCUAUUAUUCAGAAACUAUUGCCAAAGAAACCAAUUGAUAAAAAUCCAAUGAAUAGUCGAUCUUCAGCAGCAUCUACUGAUCAUGACACAACUAAAAAUGUUGAUCAAAAACAAUUACCAACAUUUAUGAUUCCUCCACCACUGUUAAAUUCAACAACUACAAAUGACAAGUACAUAUAUUUAUUGUUCUAUGUGAUGUCUAUCGUUGUUUCAUCUAGGCGUCCCGUAACGAAUGAGAUUAUUAUCAAGAACGUGACAUUAUCAUCAUUCAAUAUUCCAGGACAAGCAGCUUUAUUUACUAAUAAAGCAUUUGAAUCUAGUCUUGAAACCUAUUUCAAUAAAAAAUAUUCUUGUAAACUUAAUUUCGAACACACCGCUGAUGUUAACUGUCGAUCUUUGGUCAAAGUAAUUGGACGACAGAGCGCUGUUGAUGCAGUCAUCAAAGAGUUGCUAAAAUUAUUUUCAUUGUGUCGUACAAAAACAUUCAACGAAACGAUUGAUAACGAUUGGAUCAAGAUGAGCGAUGCAGUUCGUGUUAUUCAACAUCACUUUGAUCUAAUGGAAAUCAAAUGUCUUUGUCAACAACAGACAUCUCCACUAUCGAUACUGGUACACUAUAUCGACAAAGCACAUACUGAGUUUGGUAUCGAUGAGAAAAUCAUUGAAAGAUUAUGUCGAAAACAACUGAUUCUGACUAAAUGUACGUCGACAACAUUUGAAAAUGUAUGGACGGCACUUAAAACAAAUAUAUUUCAACGCGAUGAUUAUGGCAAAGAUAUUUGUCUUUUUGAUGAACAACAAACUAUUAGUCUUUACGGUUUGCCUGAAGUAGUGAAACAUGUUCAAAAACUAUUUGAAGACAAGAAAACGAAAUAUGUUCCAUCUGUUGUCAAAGAUCAGCCGAGUAAACCAGAAACAUUACCCAUUUCAAAAGUGGAAGGUUUAAAAUUUGAGAAUUCUCUACAAUCGAGUGAAUCUAUCACACAUCAGCAACUUAAUCAAACACACAUAUUAAAAAAAGUUCAAACAUACUCAAUAAGAUUCGAUGUCGAUGAACCUGGUUUCGAAGUUCUUCUCAAUAAUGAUUUCAACGGAUUAUUAACUAUCAUUCAAUCAAAGUGUCAAUUAGAGAAACAAAUUAUUCAUCAUCAAAUUCAAAUUCAAAUACCCAAAGCAAGAGUAAAUCAUUUUGAUUAUAAUGCAUCGGAAAGCCAAUCACAGGAAGAUAAUUCUAAAACCAUAAAUAGUUCUAAUGAAGCUUCUAUAGAUUCACAACUCAAUUGGUUACAAAGAUUAUUUCAGUGGAGCAAACCUACUGUAACUGAACAACAGCAAAAUUCCACAUCACCAGUACAAUUAACAUCAAGUGUCUCUAUUGGCAACUCAAGGAUUAUUGUUUGCACUGGAGAUUUAACAAAACAAACGGUCGAUAUAAUCGUUGUGUGUUCAACAUCGACAGUUCUAAGUGAUGCCAUUAUCUUGGCGGCUGGACAACAAGUAAAAAGUAUCUUUAACCAACAAUCAUCCUAUGGUACACUGGCAUUUGAAACAAUAGGUGGUAAUUUGCCUUGCCAACAGAUUGUUUUUCGUCCAUGGAUUUGUGAUAAAAAUCAAAUGCAAAACUUAAAGCCAUCAAUUGCUACAUUUGUUCAAUCAGUGUUUACAUAUGCACUUCAUCAUAAUUUAACAACAAUCGCUUUUCCAAGCAUUGGCUGUGGACAAUUAGGUUUCGAUCCAAAAUUAAUUGCCGAAUAUAUGAUUGACGAGGCUUAUCAACAGUUGAAAGUUUCAACUCAUUCUCCAUUAAUCAUUUCAUUUGUUCUAUUACCUGGGCAACAAACUGUGUACGAUGCAUUUGCUGAUCGACUCGAUACAAUAAGAAUCAUCGAAGAUAAACCAAACACUGUUUCUUUUGAUAAACAAAUAGUGAGAAUUAAAUUAACUGGUUCAAACGAAAAACAAUUGAUUGAAUAUCGAAAUAAAAUAAAACAGUUGGCACAAUCAUCUGCAUUCAAACUUCAUCUAACGGAUAAAACUGACAUAGUUGAUUGGUCGCAAGAUCACAUUCAGAAAUACUAUGAUUAUUGUUUACAAAAACGAGUUAUACCGACACUUGACAUUCAAGAUUCAACUUUGGAUUUAAUAGGAUAUAAAGAUGCAGUAAUUGAGGUCGAAUCGUAUUUUUAUCAAUUAACUGCUGAAAUAUUACGAAAUGCACGCAUUCAAGUUUUAUCACGUGGAUUUGUAUGGUCAGUUGAAAUAUUAUCCGGUAAAUGGGAACAAUAUUCAUAUACAAUCAAUGAAAAGAUUGAAGAUGCUCAAUUGAGAAAGCUUUCACAUGUCUGUAAUUCUUUUGUUUUGAUUUAUUUGUAUCGAUUUAGUAUGCUUAAGAUUGAAUUCGUAAAUGAAAAAUCCGAACGAUGUCGAAUAAUUUUCUCAUCUAUGCAAGAAGAAUAUCAAAAACGAAAACGAAAAGUAUGUCGUAAAUGUAUAGGUUCAUCAUUACCUAAUUAUUGGGAUUUGUCGAGUGGUAAUUUUAAACGAAUAAUUCUUAUAGAUUCUUCUAAAGAAUAUAAAGAUAUUUUGAAUCAAUUUGAUUCUACAAUGAAAGGUAACUAUUCAAAAAUGAUGAAAAUUGAACGGAUUCAAAAUGAACGUUGGUACAAACAGUAUGCUGCUCAUCGUGAUGAAUUUACACAACGCCAUACAAAACCUGAUGAACGACUACUUUUCCAUGGUUGUAGUAGUACAUCAGCUAAUAAAAUUGUACAAGAAUGUUUUAAUCGAGCAUUUGCUGGUCUUAAUGUUGCAUAUGGUCAAGGAGUGUAUUUUCAUGAGCAUGCAAAAUAUAGCAAUUGUUAUGCUAAACUAGAUACUUCAAACGAACGAACUAUGUUCUUAGCUCGUGUUCUAAUUGGUAAAACAUGUAUUGGUCAUUCAUCGAUGAAAGUACCACCUGAAGGGUUUGACACAACUACUGAUGGUGGACAUAUUUUUGUGAUUUAUCAUGAUGCUGGUGCAUAUGGUGAAUAUCUGAUAACAUACAGAUGA